AUGGAGGAAUUAGCAAGCACAAAGCAAGAUCAGAAACAGGUGUAUGGAGAGAUUUUAGGUGUUUUAACAGUCUUUUGGGAAUGUAAAUCAAGGCUAACAUUACAAAAGGUCUUGGUGAGAGAACAAAAGGAGCGAUUGGAAGCAGCUGUGAUGCUUAGACUAGAGCACGGGGAGAUUAGCAACAAAAAUAUUAGCUUCGUUUUGGGAUUAGAAGAAUAUGAAGUAUCAAGGGCACUAAAGAAGAAAUCUAUACUUAGAUAUGUUCGCUCUCAAGAUUAUAAAAGGGCACUUGCUGAACAAAAAGGUGGUUCUGACGCAUGGAUCAAGGAAACUAGAGAUUUCAUAGUAAAACAUGGUAUCAAACAAGAAAAUAUAUUCAACAUUGAUGAAAAGGGAGUUCUCUUCACAGAUACUAAACAAAAGGUAGAUGAGUCAAUCAAGCUAGACUGUGUCCAAUUUUUUGUUAAACAGCUGACAACACCUGGCGACAAGUUACUUUUGGUCGACAAUCAUGGAAGUAAUUUUAGUCCUGAAUUACUUCAAUGGGCCAAUGAAAACAAGGUUCACAUUAAGAGCUUUCCAUCCAAUAUGACACAUAUCUUACAACCUUUGGAUCUUGUCAUUUUUUCAUCAUUCUCUCAAUCACUAAAGAAUAUGAUACUAAAACAACUUCAAGACAAACCCAACUUUAAAAUCGCACCCGAACACUACCAACAGUUUUCAUACUUUGCAUGGGUCGAAGCAACAAAGCCAACCAACGUAAUGGCUGCUUGGAACAAGUCAGGUAUCAUUAAUUGUUCGCCACUCUCACCACAAGAUCAGGGAUUGAUACCAAAACCACCCAAGGCAACAAAAAAAUCUUCAAAGGCUCUUGCUCUUGUUCAAACCACUUCUAAUGCAUUGGUAACGACAGAUUCUUUACCACACAAGCAAAGAUCAAUGAUGAUGAGAGAUAAGAUGAGUACAGGCACUGUCUGGACCGACGACACAAAUCGAUCAACCUUUUAUAUCUAUGAAAGAGUCAUACAAUCCAAGAUUGAAUGGAGAGAUUUAAUUAUCGUUCAAUAUGGAGCAUUACAAUGCAUCAUUGAAAAGUGUAGAGACUUUGAAACAUACGUGGCACCAUUUGCCAAUGAAGUUGUCUCUUUUUAUACUGUAUCUACUGCUCCUCUCAGCGCCACCCAAGUGGAUGGAGAGCGGGUUUCCCCACUUGCAUGGGAAGAAAUCUAUCUCUAUAUCAUACCAGUUUUAGAAGAUUGGGUGACCAUUGAAUCACUCAAAGAUAGACUCGUCAGAUUAUUUGAUCAAAUAUCAUCACACCCAUCAUUUGACCCAAAAAUCCUAUCAAGAUAUCCACCACUUACUCAAUUACAAAAGUAUAGACUUAAUAUUGCUCUUGAUGCAGUUGUGAUUUGUUCUUCAGUUUACUUUACUUGUUUUGAUGGACAUGUAACUCAAAUGUAUGUAUCGAUCGUUAGUUGUGAUGCAUGCUCAUAUAUGAUCGACAAAAGAGAUUUGAUAUUAAUUAAUAUUGUUAUUAUUUCUAAACAUGUGAUUAGUGAUAUAUCAACUUUAUUGGGUGUUGAUAAUGGAAUGCCUAAUCCUUCACUUCAACUUUUAUUCCCAGAACUUACAUCAUUCUCUUAUGAUGGUACCAUAAAUACUGGUGUAGCAAAUCAAUCAAGCUCUUUUCUUGAUAAACUUGUUUCGUGUUGUCCAAAAGUAUCAUCUAUCAAAUUUGUUCGAGAUCCAUCAGUUAAAGGGAUACCUGAUAGUUUUUCACAGAUUCCUAAUCUUGAUGUGGCUACUUUGAUACUACAAUUUGUAUCACCUAUCGUUUUGAAAAGUAAUCCAACCCUUUCAAGCUUGGAUAUACGUAGUGACGAUGCAACCGAAUUCAUAUUUGACAGUAGUGUCAACCUACCAAAUCUGACAACACUCACUAUCGGAUCACCACAAAUUGUUCAUGUUAGUAACUUUACAAUUCAAACCUUUCCAAAACUUCGUUUUUUAAAUCCUCACUUUGCAGGAUCUCAAGAUCAAUUACAAAUUAAUUUAGGUAUUCCAACACUUGAAGAAAUAUCAUUUGUUAAUGGAGGAGGCCCUGUACCAUUUGCCAAACUCAGAUUUACUGGUACUUUAAAUCUUAUAUCUUUGUCUUAUUAUGGAGAGAAAUUAUCUUUUGAUCCUCCACUUGAUAGUUUUAGACAAUUAAAGAGAAUUAAAAUAACAAACUAUCAAAGCAACAAUUAUCCAUUCCUAUCAUACCCUCCAUACUUGGAAAGAUUUGAAUUGACACAUUCAUCAUUCAAUACUAUUCCACCUAUACCAGUCCCAAAUUCUCUUAUCAAUCUUAUUUUAUCUUCAAAUCAAAUUCAAGGACCAAUUGAUUUUGAUAGUAUAUUUGGAAAUUAUGUUGGAUUUCUUUUAGGAUUGGAUAUUCAAGAGAAUCCAUUGUCUGGAGCACUUGAUCAAGAAAGUGUACUUUGUCGUCUAAGAUUUAUAAAUGCCAGUCAAACAACCAUCACAAGUAUUCCACUAUGUUUUUGGUGUUAUGAAUCUUCAGUGAUUAGGUUUAUCAAACCACCAUCAGUCAUUCCUCCUUCAAGUCCAGUGUGUGAUGUGACAGUAGACAGCACAACGCUGUACACUGUCAACCAAAGGACUACCAUUUAUGGCUCUUUAAUUGGGUGGGGGUCAGAUGCAAACGGAAUCUUAUUGCAUCCUCUGAUUGCAAACAAAAGGUUAUCUGCCAUCAUUCCAACACCAGUCUCUGGUCCACCUCUAACAUACACAAUCAAUUUUAGUUCAAUGCCUCCUAUUUUAUCUAAAGAGUUUUCCGUUGCAGAGGUUGGAUUUAGACAGUCUGCCAUAUCAGUGGUACAGGCACCAAACCAAACGGCAAUCAUCCAAGUAACAUUUACCAACGUCAACGAUUACUUUAAUCAUGUGGUCAUCGUUAAAGGAGUCAACUCGAUUAUAAUCAAAGUAAGAUCGACAUAUAUAAAUAUCAACAGCAAUAAUUCAGAAUUAGAUAUUAACUUAAUAUUUUUUAAUUCCCUUUCCAUUCAUUCAUUCAUUCAUUCAAUAGGUUAUCCAAUUGUUUCUAGUGUUGUUCAAUCUCGAACAAAUAUAAUAUUGGGUGGGUAUUUUGGAGGUUUUCUAGACAGUGCUAAAAUAGUUAUUGUACAAAAUAGUGGGCUGGCAACAUGUUCAGUAUCACAGUUUUAUGUCACUAUCAUCAACUGUACGAUCAUCUCUCCAUUUUCAACUGGUAUGGCAACACUAAAUGUGACAGUUGAUGGAUACACCAUUCAAAGACAAUACCUUUUAGAAUCUAUCCAAGAUGAUUGUGAAAUUAACACAAAUCAUUGUCAUGGUAAUGGUCAAUGUUCAAUAUUUGGUGAUUGUAUUUGUAAUAUUAAUCAAGGAAGUUAUUAUAAUAAUUGUUCAAAUCCAUAUCCAUUUAUUACAGCAGGUAAAAUUAAUGAUUUUAAUAGUGAACAAAGAUUAAUUAGUUUGUAUGGUGAUUUUGGACCAUUUGGACAAAACGAUACAACAGUCACAAUCAAUAAUACAAUCAAUUGUAUUAUUGAUCUAUCCAUAUCCGAUCAAUUCAAUAUCAAUUGUUCACUUUUAUCAUCACCAACAACAUUUGGAUUGGCUUCAGUUCAAUUAAAUGUCAGUGGUUUAUUAUAUAGUAAAGGACGUGUAUUGAAAUUUAUUGACCCUUCAACCAAUCCUGGUGGAUCUACUACAACUACUACAACUACUACUACGACAAGUACAAGUACAAGUGGAGGAGGAGGGGGAGAGUCACCAAAGGAACUAUGUCAAAAGAAUACACAAAAUUGUUAUGGACAUGGUGAUUGUGAUAAUAAUGGAGUAUGUCAAUGUCAAGAGAAAUAUAAUCCUAUUGAUAAUUGUGCAACUAAAUUCACUGAUAAUUCAACAUUUACACCAAAUACAACAUCACCAUCAUCAAAGAUUGAAGUUGAUGGAGUUGAAUUUGAAUUUGAAAUUGUUGCCAUUCAAGAAAUUGGAGUUGACAAUGAAAUUAGUCGAGAAUUAUUGACCAAUAGUUGGUUAUCGAGUAUUUCAACAAAUAGUACAAUGACAAAUGCAAUCUAUGAUUUGGUUAUUUCCAAUACUAGUAUUCUUGCAGAUACCAAUGUCACCGUUACCAUUACAUUCUCUACAUUGCCAAGAACCGUAAUGUUUGGAGAUCAACAACUAUUGAUCAAUCCAAACGCAAUUAAAUUGGCAGUAUCAAUUACCAAUUGGCAAUACACGUCGAAUAUAGGAACACUCAGAGUUGUCAUUAAAACAACAAUUAAUAAUCAACAAUCGAUGCAAUAUGAUUGUAAAGAGACUGAAAUAGAUUCAUUCUCUUAUGGUGCUGAUGGUGAAAUUCAAUACCUCAGAGUCAUCAAAGACAAUGUUCAAUUCAAUGGUAGAUUCAUUGAUUUUGCAUUGGCUAAUGGUAGACCAACCUAUUCACAAACAUUUGUUAUCAAUCAAACUGAAAUCAGCGGCGACAGUGAUCAAUCAGUAGCAAUGAUUGGUAUAACCCUACCACAAUGUCAAGAGUGUAUACUCGAUCCUGAUUUCACACCAUUAUUGGUUGUCAAUGACAAAAAUGACAAUUGUGAUGGUUCGAGUAACACUUGGAAGAUUAUCGUUGGAUGUGUCGUUGGUGGUAUUGCUUUUGUAGCCAUCGCAACUGUCUCGAUCAUGUACACAAAAAAGAAAUUAAUAUUCAACAUACAAAACAAACAAAUGAAAUUAAGAUUGAAAGAAAUAAACUAA